AUGGUUGAAGAAAAUACUCUUGAUAAAAAUAAAUUAUGUUUAACACGACGAUCAGGUGGUUUACCUUUCUAUCUUCAAUCUAUAUUAACUGAUGAACCAAUAAAACAACGUGGACAACAAAGAACAUAUGUUGCGAAAUUAAUGGAGACUUUAUUAAAUAUUAUUCAAAAUGAUCCAGAUACAAUACAAAUCGAUGGACAAAUUUUAGAAAAUAGUCGAAAAUUCGUUCGUUUUUAUCGUAAUCAACGAUUUUCAAAUGAUGUUUAUCCAUAUGUUGAAUGUGGUCUUCAUUUAUCAAUAAUUGGUUUUACAUCAUCAGUAUGGAUGAUAAGAAAUAGUGCAACAUUAUUAUUAUCAACAAUAGUUCAAAGAAUAUUUGGUCCAUCGAAAACAAAAGAUGGAGAAGAAAAUUUAUCGAAAAAAAAAUAUACUCGUUCAUCAAUUGAAUCAUUAUCAUCAUCAUGUUUAUUUGUUAUACUUUUAAUUCUUCGUCGUCUUUAUCCAAGUCCACUUGAUGGAAUUGAUUGUUCAUUAACAUUAGAUAAACUUUUACCAUUUGUUAUUAAAUAA